UGCCGAUCAGAUCGUCCAAGGGCAUCCCCCCGGAAACCACUGCACAUAUCCCAACAUGGCCUCCGAGGCUGCCUCCGACAACGCAUUUCUGGACCAGUUCGUAGCAAACUAUCUCAGAGCUCGAGGGUUUAAACAGGCCGAGGUUGCAUUCAAGCAAGAUGCCCAAAUCAAGCCGCUCGGAUCUUUAGAGCAGCCGCCCUCCAAAGAUGGUAUUGCUUCGAUCUCGAUUCCCGAUCUUGUGGCAUUUUUCAAUGAGCGAGAGUCGUCCGAUCCUGCGGCGUUUGAGUCAAGUUUUGGGCAGCUCCGGCGAUGGGUCGAUGAGUCCAUCGACAAAUACAAGACUGAGCUUCGCAAGAUCCUCUUCCCGGUGUAUGUGAACUUUUACCUCGAUUUGAUAAGUCGCGGGCUGGGGGACAAAGCUCGCCAUUUCCUCGAUGCGUUUCGCUUGGAUUUCAUUGAGGAGCACGGACAGGAUAUUCAGCGGCUUUCCUCGAUCUUGGAGCCACACCACAUUCAGGAGAAUGAGUUUGCUCAGCUAUUCAGAAAGUCCAAGUACACUGUCAUCCUGAGUCGCUAUUCGUACGAGCUCUUGAUUGCGUUCCUUCAGGACAACAAGCUGUUUUUGCUUCUGAGAAUUGUGAAUCAGCACAUCAACAUUCAAGCAACCUCGGACUAUCCCACGCUGACUACUGAGGAAAUCCCUGAGAUUGGCAUCUUGACCGAGUCUGUGGGUCAGUGGAGCCAAUUCAACAGCCAGCCCGUGCUGCUUGGCGAAUUGCCUUCGGACGCGGCACUAUUUGCCGAAAUCGAGAAGGCUUGCAAAGACGAAUCGACAGAUGCUGCUCUCAAAGACGCCUUGAUGAAGAUCAAAAAGGAGGCUGCAAGCGAUUCUCCAGCACGAGAUGCUAUCCCACUGCCUCCUCAGCGCUAUCAUGAGCUUGCCAAAGAAGCAAAGGAACUCCAGCUUCUUCGGAGCGCCGUCCGGACUGCCCCCGCAAGCUCGAUAUCGAUCUGCUCGUACACGUUCCACAAUACCUUCAACAGCCUGACAUCAAUCGGUAUAUCUCAGGACAGCCGCAUGGUGGCUGCCGGAUUCACCGAUUCAGUAAUCAAGCUAUGGGAUCUUGAAAACGACUCCAAAAACGUCCAGCCGGUAUCUACUGAAGAUGGGGCCGAACGAUCGCUCUCUGUCAAGCAAUACCGCAGGCUAGUUGGGCACUCAGGGCCAGUCUACGCAUGUAGCUUCAGCCCGGAUACCAAGUAUAUAGUUUCAGCUUCAGAGGAUCGCACGGCUCGCUUGUGGAGCACAGAGAUCGGCACAAACUUGGUUGCCUAUCGCGGCCACAAUUUCCCAAUCUGGGAUGUCGCUUUCAGUCCCGUCGGAUUUUACUUUGCAACGGCCUCCCAUGACAAGACCGCUAGGCUUUGGAGCUGUGAUCACAUCUACCCCCUGCGCGUGUUUGUUGGACAUCUCUCUGAUGUCGAUGUGGUUCGAUUUCAUCCCAACAGCAACUAUGUGUUCACAGGCUCGAGUGACAAAACUUGCCGGAUGUGGGACAUCCAGACCGGGAGCACUGUCCGUCUGUUUUUGAAACACUCUGGGAGCGUACUCUCUAUGGCAGUGUCGCCAGACGGCCGCUCACUCGCUUGCGCUGCCGACGAUGGGACCAUCGCACUCUGGGAUAUUGCUUCGGGCCGGCGCAUUAAAACGCUUAUCGGUCACACCCAGCCCGUUUACAGUCUCUGCUUCAGCACCGACAACCAUUCGCUUGUGUCCGGAGGCGCCGACCGAACAGUGCGACUCUGGGAUGUGCAGACAUCGGAGGCCGAUUCAGCGAUUUUGAAGAAAGAGGCCACAAACCAGCGGGCCAAAUUCGGCCCGAUUGUAUCGCCAACGUCCACAUACGUGACAAAAAAGACGACGCUUCAUGCGUUGCAGUUCACCCGCCCAAAUGUCCUUAUGACUGCCGGUGUUUUCUCUCAAUAAAUCAGCUCGCGAUGCCGACUGUGUGUGACAGUAACUGCAAACGACUGGGGGUAUCAUACGACCAGCAACACCAACCACCACAAAUA